AUGACCAUUCAAAACGUCACCGUUUCACCACAAGAAAGUUCAGCAGCAGGCACUAGUAUAUAUCAUGCAGACUUGAACUUUGGCCUUUUGAUCCAAACAAAAACACGUCAAAGAAACUUCCUCCACUUUCAGUCUCCGUACAGGCCGUCACCCUCAAAACACGAAAAAAUGCAGAAAAUAGAAGAAUCAGGGCAGAAAGAAAAGCAAUCAGAGAUCACCAAUCGGCCUCCGAUUUGGGAUUGUGGUAGCUCACUGUACGAUUCCUUCGAGAAGAAAGCAUUCGAAAAACAACUCGAUUCCGCCAUAUCUUCGAGAACUCUCUCGAUGCCGCAUUUAUCCGAUCGCCACCUUCAACCGCCGCCACAAAUUUCGAACAGAAAAACUUCGAAAUUAUCGCGGUCUUUUCAUAAGCUACUCCGAUCUGUUUUCAGGUCGAAACAUAAUAAAUCAGGUGAAGGAUUUUAUGUUGCUUAUGAUACGUCCAGUGCACUUUCUGCGAUUCCAGAGGCACCGGAAUUCGAGCCGGAAAUUAGGUCUUUGGUAAGAAGAACAGCCUCCGAUAGAUUCCCGGCGACUUCUAUUGGGAUUUCUUGUGCCUAA